AUGGUUGCCCUCACCUUCCGCCGCGCCACAGCGGACGACGCGCCUCGUCUGCGCGAUCUCAUGGAACAUGCCUUUUCAACUAAUGACUCGCGACCCAACUGGACAGGCGACGCAGAACUCGCCUCAAACUACACGCUGAAGCUCGAAAGCAUGCAAGCGGCCCUCGCCAUGGACGGCCUGGUGACGUUUGCGGUCCUAAACGAGGCCGGCGACAUUAUCGCCUCGGCCAAUGUGGCCAGGAAAGGAGACGACACUGGCCGGAUUUCCGGUCUCAUUGUGCAAGACGAGUACCAGCGCGGCGGCGUCGGCGGCCGAGUCCUGACUUAUGCCGAGGAGUACUGCAAAAGAGAAUGGGGGGUGAGCAAGCUGUCGCUCAAUGCGCUGUCGACACGCACCGCGCUGCUGGCGUGGUAUAAGAGCCGGGGAUACCGAGAGACUGGCGAGAUGAGCGAAUUUCCGCGCGCCGAUGAUUCUUUUGCCUCGUGCACGAUUCCGGAGGACCUCUGCUUUGUUGAAAUGUCAAAGAACCCCUAUGCGGGGGAAAGCGCCGAAAAGCUGCAGACAAAUUAG